UAGUCAUGUCCUAUCCAUUCUUAUAUUAUCUAUGCGGACACCGGGUUCCGGACGAAUCGCUGCCGGCAACUUUAUACUAGUCCUCUCUGUACGCUCCAGGCGAGCCCACCGUACGUGUGUCGCGACCGUCCGUCGUUCGGCCACCGCGUGUGGUGCGAUUUAUGUUGUGUUAUUAUAUUCCUCGCUGUGUGUCGAUUAUUAUUUCGUACGGCGUGCUAUUAUUAUUGUUUAUACGUAUGGUACUGUGGUGUUAUCCCUCGUGUGACGCCACGCUCGGUGCCGUGAUCACGUAACUUGCGUAUAGCGUAUUACGUAAUCAGGUCACUCGCUGUCGUCCGGUGCCGCCGCCAACAGCUUGUCACCUGCUUGUCGUCGCCAUCGUCGCCGCAGCUGGCUCAGCCGCCGCCGAUACACCGCCCCACCGCGGCCGUUGUGCCGGCCGCUGAUCCCGUUCACUUUAUUGGGAAAAUGCGAAUUUUGGAAAAUGCUUUCUUAGUGCACACUUACAUGGUGGUACGAAUAAGGUACCGUGAAAAUUGCAAUCCUCGAGAUAUCAUCGUUCAAGCUUUACUUCGAUCAGUCAGUGAAUCAGGCAGGACAAGUAUUAUAUUGUAGACAUCCCUCCGGCGUUUCCCUUGAGAGUUGAGACUCGUUGUCAUAUGCAAGCAGUAUAAUAUUACGUUAUAGACCCCGCGAGGUGCGUACCUACGUUAAAGCCGGUUUCCGUUUAAAAAUCAAGUGCAAAUCCAGCGAUCGCAUUCACCGACAUUUUGACGCAAGAAAACGGUGGCCCCACUGUAAAACGAUGCGAGAAGUUCACAAUCAAGGAACCUACUCACAUUCUUGGGCUUUAGCCACCACCGAUGCAUUUGCAGAUAGAAUGUGCGUAGCGACUAACGGAAAAUACAAUCGAACCCUGUCCGCCCAACAGCUAAUUGCCUGCUGUCGGAGUGCCACAAAUGAAUAUAACGGUCCGAUCAAAGCUUGGGAGUACUUCAAAAGUCACGGUGUGGUCUCCGGUGGCGACCAUAACAUUACCGACGGAUGUCAACCUUAUAGACGUCUACCUUUCCGAUUCCCAAAUUCCCAAAUUCCACCAAGAAAAGGAAGGUACGAAGAUAAAUGCGUCACUCAUUGUUACGGAGACAAGACGAUCGAUUUCAAAAAUGAUCACGUGAAGACUAGAGACGCGUAUAAACUGACAUUCAACUCUAUUCAAAAGGACGUGCAAACUUUCGGUCCAAUUGCAGCAACAUUUGAUCUAUACACUGACCUUUAUUAUAAAAAAAAUAAUCCCAUAAAAGGUGUUUACAAAAGAUCUAAAAAUGCAACCUAUGUGGGAAAACACACUUCUAAGUUAAUUGGAUGGGGAGUCGAAAAUGGUGUAGACUAUUGGUUGUUGGUCGCCGCUUGGGGCUAUGGUUUUGGUGAAAAAGGAACCUUCAAAAUGAAAAGGGGUACAAAUGAAUGCGGAAUCGACAACUGGACUACUGGAGGAGUACCAAACGUAUAAUAUAACAUCUAUUGUAUUCUCAUAAUAUAAUAAUAGUAUUUUUUUUUCAAUCCAACUAUAAUUUAUUAUUUCAUCUUUUAAAUACUUACCUAUAAACAUUUAUU